AUGCCUAACAAAAUUACCAACCGCGGAGGCGGCGGCGCCCCCGGCGCUGGCGGGAAGCAGCUGCGGCUGCCCUCGGGGCGCGCGCGCAUCAGGCUGCUGUAUGAGGAGUACGUGCAUCUGCCAAUGCUUCGCCAGGUCUGGGAGGCGCCCUCCACGGAGAAGCCCGUGCUGGAGCCGCUCUUUGCCGCCGGCUUCCACGGCAUCGAGCUGGCGCUGCUGCUGCUGGCCGAGUUUGUGAGCGACGGCCGCAGGUAUGUGGCCAAGCGGCCGCGGGAGCUGGUGGCCGAAGACAUCGCCACACAGUGCCAGCUGCUGACCGAGGUGGUGGAUGCUGAGCUGGAGGAGGAGCUGGGGGAGGGGGCCUCACCCGCCAGCCGCCUCUCCCUCACCCAGGCCUUCCCCUUUGAGGGCUGCCCGCCCACCAAGCACGAGCCCUGCCACUCCCCGGGCCUGCAACGCCUCACUGUCGCCAUCGACGCCAACAUCGACAGCAUGAGCAGCGCCGAGCGCAACUCGCUCAUCAAGCUGGUGCUCAACAUCACCGCCGCCCUCUCAUCCUUCCAGCGCUGGACGGUGGGGCUGGGCAUCGAGCCGCAGCUCAACUCGCUGCGUGCCGCCGUGGGCCUGCCCGCCCUGCAGUUCACCCACACCCUCAACCUGGAUUACGACAGCCUGGUCAAGCCCUGGCUGUGCGAGCAGACGCUGACCUGCGAGACGUACACGCAUGCCGAGGACUUCUUCUUCCGCACCAUCCACCUGGGCACCGACUGCUGGGCCUUUGUGGCGCUGUCCCGCCUGCGCAGCGCGCAGCAAUGCGCCGAGGCGGGCAACUGGCACGUCGCGGCUGCACGCGCCACUCAGGCCAGCCGCAUCCUGCAGUACCUGGGCAGCCACGUGAUGCUGCUGACCUCCAUGAACCUGUGGGACUACCUGCUGCUGAAAGUGGAACUGGAGGGGACCAGCGGGGAGGGCUCGGUGCAGGUCAAGAGCUUCCGCCCCACCGUGCGCCAGCUGUUUGAGCCGCUGGCGGCGGCGGCGCUGGGGGUGGGCGGCGCCACUGCGGCGGCCGCAGCCGCUGCCGCAUGCAGCAUGCCCGGCGAGGGCCAGCAGGAGCAGAGCCGGCAGGAGCUGAUUGACCAGCUGGAGGCUGCGCUGAUGGAAAUCUACGAGUGGCCUGACAGGCAGCCAGGCAAGCCGCGCCUGUACAACUACUGCAAGGCGCUGGAGGCCGUGGAGACAGGCCUGCUGGGCGGCUUCUUCUACCGUCACUUCUGUCUCGCCACGAACGUGAUUGGCAGCGAGGCGCGCGGCACCAUGAAGCGAGCGGUGGCGGCCCUCAAGGCCGGCUACGAGGCGCCCGUCUUCCCGCUGCUCGACCGGUGCAGGGUGGCUCUGGGGGCCCGUAUCGACGCAGAGGUGGCUCACAACAAGGGGCGCAUGAUGGAUGGCAUCCUGGCCAAGUACCAGGCGGGCCAGCAGGAGCAGGGCGGCAGCCGCGGCUGCCCGUUUGCGCCCCCGAGCCCUGCCCCUGGCACGCCUGCAAGGAGCGGGCCGGCGGCUGGGACAUGCCCCGCGGUGCCAGGUGCCACCGGGUCUGGAAGCCCAGCGGGCACUGCCGCCCCCGAUGAGUUUGAGGCGGCCCGCAGGCAGCUGUACAGCUGGGAGGGCGUACCGCUGGCCUUCCGCCAGAUGGUGGCGGGAGAGCUGGCCUCUCAGGUGGCUCAGCUGGGCCUGGUGCCCCGCCCCUCGCUGGGUGCCGCUUCUGCUGCCGGCGGCGGUCGCCGUGCCAGCGCCAAGCCUCUGGCCUUCCUGGACCACGCCUGGGGCCAGCUGGCGCCGCUGGCUCAGUACCGUGCCUGGCGCGAGGCGGCCGCGCUGUACGAGCUGGGCAACCCCGCCUGGGACGCCAUGUUUGGCCGGGUGGCCGCGGCGCACAUCCGCGGGCUGCUGGGCCUGCCCGCCGACGGCGCCGCCUGCACCGUGCAGUUUGGCAGCAACAGCCACGAGCUGGUGUCGCGCCUGCUGUCCGCCUUCAUGGACCGCCGCCGCGUGCGCUCCGGCGCCAGCGCCGCGCCUGCAGCAGAGCAUGGCGGCAAUGGGGCGCAAGGGCGUGCUGGAGCGGAGGCGCCGCCGAUCCGUGUGCUGACGAGCGGGUGUGAGUUCUACAGUGUUACCAGGCAGCUGAACCGGUUCACGGAGGCGUGCCUGGCGGAGGUGGAGGUCGUGCCAGCAGAGCCGGCGGCCACCUUUGCCGAACGCUGCUGCGCGUCAGCGGCGGCCGCGGCGGCGGCGGGCCGGCGCUACGAUGCCAUCUACCUGUCGCAGAUCACCUACCUCACGCAGCAGUGCCUGCUGCCCAGCGUGCCAGACCUGGUGCGCCGCCUGCGGGCCGUUGUAGGUCCAGAGGUACUCCUCAUCGUGGAUGGCUACCACGGCUUCUGCGCUGUGCCAACCGACCUGGGCCAGGUGGCGGGCGAGUGCUGCUACGUGGCGGGCAUGCUGAAGCACGCGGGCUGCGGCGCCAACUGCGCCUUCAUGACGCUGCCCGCCCGCCUGGACCUGAAGCCCGUUCUCACCGGCUGGCUGGCCGACCCCUCGGUGCUGGCCCCGGGCAGCGGCGGCAUCCAGAUUGGGUCAGAGGUGGGCUUCUGCCCUGACCUGGCGCUGCAGGGCGGCACACCAUCCUACCUGCUGCCCCUGCUCACGUUCAACCAUCUGAUGCAGCUGUGGCAGGAGGUGCAUCCCGCCAAGCGGAUCAGCGUGGACAGCCUGCAUGGCCACGUCAUGCGCCUGCACGAGAGCUUUCUGCGACGCCUGGACGCGGCGGGUCACCCCGCCAUCAACACCCGCACCCUGCUGCCGCCACAGGACCCCACAUGCCGCUCACACACCCUGGUGUUUGCCCAGCCUGAUGCUGCGGUCACCAAGGCUGUUGUGGAGGCGCUGGCGGCACGGGGCGUGCAGGUGGACUGCCGCAAAAACUACCUGCGCAUUGGGUUUGGGGCCAACCAUGGCAUGGACGACGUUGAUGCCCUGCUGACAGCCCUGCAGGGGCUUGCAGCACCAAGGCCCUGA